AUGGCCAAGGAAGGUGUGGAAAAGGCGGAAGAGACGGAGCAAAUGAUCGAGAAGGAGACAGGCAAGGAGCCUGCGGAGGGCGGCGGCGGCUCGCACCGACUCGGGGACACCCAGGAGAUGCGCGCCGUGGUGCUCGCAGGCUUCGGGGGGCUCAACAAGCUGCGGGUCUCCAGGAAGGCUAUGCCCGAGCCGCAGGACGGCGAGCUCAAGAUCCGCGUCAAAGCCUGUGGUUUAAACUUCAUUGACUUGAUGGUGCGACAAGGGAAUAUCGACAACCCUCCCAAGACUCCUCUGGUGCCAGGCUUUGAGUGCUCGGGGAUUGUGGAAGCUCUGGGGGACAGUGUGAAAGGAUAUGAGAUUGGGGACCGUGUCAUGGCGUUUGUCAAUUACAAUGCCUGGGCAGAGGUGGUCUGCACGCCCAUGGAGUUUGUCUACAAGAUCCCCGACGACAUGAGCUUCUCUGAGGCUGCUGCUUUCCCCAUGAACUUCGUCACAGCCUACAUGAUGCUGUUUGAAGUUGCCAACCUCCGAGAAGGGAUGUCUGUGCUCGUGCACUCGGCUGGUGGCGGUGUGGGCCAAGCUGUGGCUCAGCUGUGCUCCACUAUCCCCAAUGUGACUGUAUUUGGAACAGCUUCUACUUUCAAGCAUGAAGCCAUCAAAGACUCCGUGACCCACCUCUUUGACCGAAAUGCGGACUAUGUGCAAGAAGUGAAAAGAAUCUCUGCAGAAGGAGUGGACAUUGUUUUGGAUUGCCUCUGUGGGGACAACACCGGAAAAGGUCUCAGCCUUCUCAAACCCCUGGGAACCUACAUUUUAUAUGGUUCAUCCAACAUGGUGACUGGAGAGACCAAGAGCUUCUUUAGCUUUGCAAAAUCAUGGUGGCAGGUGGAGAAAGUGAACCCCAUCAAGCUAUAUGAAGAGAACAAAGUCAUCGCAGGGUUUUCCCUUUUAAACCUGCUCUUCAAACAGGGCCGUGCGGGCCUCAUUCGAGGAGUGGUGGACAAACUCCUAGGGCUCUACACCCAGAAGAAGAUCAAGCCCACUGUGGACUCCCUGUGGGCCCUGGAGGAGGUGAAGGAGGCCAUGCAGCGGAUCCACGACCGAGGGAACAUCGGCAAAUUAAUUCUGGAUGUAGAGAAGACCCCGACUCCACUGAUGGCCAAUGACAGCACGGAGACCAGCGAGGCCGGAGAAGAGGAGGAGGACCAUGAGGGGGACAGCGAGAACAAGGAGCGGAUGCCCUUUAUCCAGUAA